AUGAGCCUGAAGCAUCUUUCAGACAUCCCGACCCCACCGCCCUCUAGAGAGGGCUCAUUCAAUAGUGAUGUUGAAUCGGUCUGCAGCAGCGUAUCAUCAGAGAUUCGUACUCCUCACGGGCGAUCCCCUCAUACCGAGACUGAUGACGUAUCAAGACCGCCAAGUCGGAAUGAUGAUGCCUCAAUUGCCCCCCUCGCGUACCCGGCUUCGUCGCCCGCCUCUUCCAUCAAACUACCCAGCUAUAAUGAGUUCUUGGAUGGAGUCAAAGCCAUGGGCCAAUCCUUCGAACCAGCUCCCUCUUGGUCACCAGUAACAACACCUCGCUGCAUCAGUCACGGUCUGUACGACCAACAGCCGACGCCUUCGCACUAUUCCUACCAAGGCACUAGCCCCUACACCCCCCACGAUUACUCUGUCUCCCCUCAUCACUAUCCUCCGCCGCCAUACGGUUACGACGGCUACCCAAACCCAGCCACAGACCCCGAGGGAAGGCACAUCAACAAGAAGUACUCAACAGAGGAAGGAGACUUCAUCAUCUACGCAUGGCACGACAAGAAGCUCAAGUGGCAGGCCAUCAAACAAGAAUACGCUAUGAUUUUUGGUAAAAAGCCGAGGCGAACGGUCCAAGGCCUGCAGGCAUGGUACUACAGGAUGAACCAAAAAAUCCCGGUCUGGGACAGUGAUGGUUGGCUCAUUUUUGACGGAGAGGACGAGCUUGAGCCACGACAAGUCAGUAUCAAAUGCCGCGAAAGGGACCAGGGCCGAAGGCGAGUGCCUGAGCUCAUGGGCCUUGCCCAACGAUACCCAGAACGGCUCAUGGGCUAUCACUGGGUCGAUCCAGAAAUUAAGCAGCAAGCCAGAGAUUGGGCGGCAAAGCGAGAGCUUCAGUACCGAGAGCGCCGUGAGAGACGAAAGAAGAAGGAGGCACGAAGGGCGCGGCUGUAG